AUGUGCAAACUGCACGAAGUCCCCACGCUGAAUUUGACAAAGGAAGCUAAUCAAAACAGUUUAAACUUUUCUGUAUUACCUCAAGGUCAGGUAAACUUAUUUGGAGUGCAGCCGGUCACUGGGACUGAUUAUGCUGUCGAGCUCGAGACGAGCAGCAUGGAACUUGACAACGACCUCUUGCUGUCACCUGCACAUGAUCCAUCGACUGCUAUAGUUGCUGCUGAGGAGAGUCACUUGCAUUGCAAUGUGAACGAACUCAUCGCCCCUGGUAAGAAAUAUAAAUCUAUUAUCAUCACUGAAAUACGCUGAAUGAGUGGAACCUGGCGUCUUUGAUUCCAAAGUUUGAGGGUGGGGUGGGGUUACAGAUUUUCAUUGACCCUGUGUAAAACAGCAUCUAUGUCUUACACAUUGUCAUCUGGAACAACGAUUGAGGAAGUCGACUAAACCAUUCCAUUGUUUCUGCAACUACCUUCCCCUAACAAGUAAUGUUUGAAAUGUGUUCUACCCUCUUGUGGCUUUGAGACUAGUGACAUUUUAAGUAGUCCAACCUCAAUGGAAAAUUUAAAGACUUAACUUCACCAGCUACUCGCUGUUUAUUAUCUAUGCAUAGUCACUUUACCCCUACCUAUAUGUACAAAUUACCUCGACUAACCUGUACCCCUGCACAUUGACUCGGUACCGGUACCCCCUGUAUAUAGCCUCAUUAUUGUUAUUUUAUUGUGUUACUUGUUUAAUUUUUUUUACUUUAGUUUAUUUAGUAAAUAUUUUCUUAACUCUAUUUUCUUAAAACUGCAUUGUUGGUUAAGGGCUUGUAAGUAAGUAUUUCACGGUAAGGUCUACACCUGUUGUAUUCGGCGCAUGUGACAAAUAACAUUUGAUUUGAUUUGAAAUAGAAAACUAUUAUUAGAGAAUUGUGAGAACAUACUCUUCUCACUGUAACAUCAAAGGGAAAGUGCAUCCCACAGUCAUUUAUUGGAUGACAUGCUGCACAAACAGAUAGAGCCCCCCUUUUUUUCAUCCAAGUACAUUAUAUUGUUAUGUACUGUCUUGGUGGUGGCCAGUGUCAUGGCUUAAUAUCAGAAGUUCCAGUAUCAUCACUCUCACACUGCAUCACAAGAUGUCUGGCCUAGCAUACUGUUUGCAUGCUUGUUGUUGUCAAAGCAGAACAGUGGAUGGGGUGGAGUCACACCACAGGAGGUUGGUGGCACCUUAAUUGGGGAGUACGAGCUCGUGUUAAUGACUGGAGCGGGAUCAGUGGAAUGGUAUCAAAUACAUCAAACACAUGGUUUCCAGGUGUUAGAUGCCAUUCCAUAUGCUCCGUUCCGGACAUUAUUACGAGCCGUUCUCCCCUCAGCAGCCUCCUGUGAGUCACACACAUAAUCCAUUCAGUCAGACCAUAAAUUUGACUAUGAGCAGUUUUUGCUGUUGCUCAACUAGUUUUUAGGGAUAGCUUGUGUUCACUAGCUUCAAACAUUCAUUACAUUCACCCAGUAUCCAGAGUCUUUGAGCGCUUUUGUUGGAAAUUAUGUCUGAGAUAUUUGGAGGAUCUAUCUUAGCCAUUCACAUGCUGUCAUCAUCUCCCCCAUGUUCCUCAGAAAAUGAAAUAGUGAAGAGGAUCAAGAAGAGACCCAAAAAGCCACAUGGAAGGAAACAGAAGUCCAAGUCAUCAGAAUGCUCUGACAAUCUUCUGUCAGAAUUUCCAUUCGCAAGUACAGCAAUAUGGAAGGACCUUGGCUGUAAGUAAACAGUUUAUGCCAUAUUAUUUAUGCAUUUAAAUCUAGGCUAACUUAAAUCAACAUCUCCAGACUAAUAUAACAUAGUUGUAACAUACCUUCAUAGAGAGGAUUAGUUCAGUAGUUCCCAUGGCAGGGCUCUACGCUGACCUUUUUUUACAAGGACCACCUGUGUGCCUAAGUUGAAAAAUGUAGGUGCACACACAGAAAUUUAGGAGCACAAUUAAAAUAUUCAAUAUAUUAAAGCUAGAAUCCUUCAUUUUUAUAGGCUCACUGGUGCUCCUAAAUUAAAAAUCCAGUAAAAUAUUUAGGCGCAUAUGCGAGUGAAAUGAUCGCAAUGUAGAGCCCUGCAUAGUGUGACCAGUUGAUGGUAUCUUUCCAUUUGAACUCCGGUCGAGUAGGAGAGCAGAAAUGUCACUAGUGGCACCAACUCUGUAAGUCUAUAAUGACUGGUUAUCUGUAUUAGUUGCCAAUUGAUGCAAGGACCUUCCUUGUACCGCAGCUGCCCUUGAAUUCAAAUUUCCUCCAGCUGCCUAGUGGCGAUGAAUAAUGCAUUGUUGACUUGACUGGUGGUUGGUUUUUACAGGAGGGCAGUCAAAUCCAACUACAGAAGAACAGAAUCACACGUUUGUCUCUUGUACAACACUAAUAUCAUUGUGCUACAUUUCCCCUAGUCACCAAGCCAGAGACCAAUUUGAAGAAGAAGCGAAAGAGAGGUGAGAGUGGUCGGGUAGAAAGUGAGGAGGAUACAGAGAAAAAGAAAAAGAAGACAACACAACGCCCAAACUACUUUGUUUCAAUACCCAUCACAAAUCACAAGGUACAAUUGUGUGAUUUUUUUUGGUUGAAAAGUCAAUCUUAUCCUCUUUUAUUUGGGGGUAUUUCUCCAAAAAGUUUCUCCAUAUGAACGCACUGAUAUUUAGAAUACAUUACUGCAGGUUUGACUUUAAAUGUGAUCACAAGGCAACUGUUGGAACUGAAUGGCCAGAGAGUGAAUGGCAUGCUCUAUUUGAGCAGAUCAGUGAAGGUGUGGGGGCAGUGCAGGCCCUGGUGAUGCAGAGGGACUCCAGACUCACAAGGGCUCUGGUGCCUGUGGGCAGUCUCCACAUCACGCUGCUGGUGACCCACUUGGCCAGUCAAGAGGAAGUCAACUUGUGAGUGUCUGCAGCUGAUCUCAUCUAUUUCAAUCAGACAGCCACCCCCUGUUUAUAGAUAGCAGAAGCUGUAUUCUGUCUGUUUCUAUAUCCUACACAUUUGUAGAGAUAAUAUUGAUUAAAAUAUCAUUUGUCCAUAGGUGAAAAUAUUCAGUGCAGUGUGUUAUUUUCUGAAAACAUACAGUAAAACACAAUGUAGGCAGCCACUUCCACUUUUUUGAACCUCCAUAGCCACUGAAUAUAUAGGCCUAGUACUGUAUCUCCCUAUGAUUAACACAUGGCUACAUAUCUGACUGUGUAGACAUCCCAGGAAAUUUAUAUUUGCAUCACUAAAUCCUGCAGGGGUAAAUUAUGUAUUAGCUGAAUGGCCAGUGUGUGACCAUGGUGGUGAGAAGAGGAUGAAGGGAGGAUGUAGAGAGAGAGAUGGAGAGGAUCAGUGCUGUGCUGUGCUGACUGCAGGGCGGUGUGUGCAGUGGCCCAGAUGAAGGCAGCGCUGCAGGACCUGCUGCGGGGGCGGGAGCUCAUCCUGCCCUUCCACGGCAUCGGACACUUCAGGAACGAGGUGGCGUUUGUAGCGCUGGCCCAGGGAGAGCACCUCGCCACACUGGACCAGAUCGCAGGUGGGUGCUACUGCUAGUCGGCUACUGCUCCCCCACCCAACCCCCCUCUCCUUACUCUCCCUCUUCCCAUCCUCCUCCCCCUGCUUUUCUCCCCUGUGUGCGGAAUCUUUGACGUCUCUCACUGUGCCUUUCUAGCUGUAUGUUAAUCGUAUAUGGAUGUGAGCUGGGCUGCCAAUUUAGGAUAAAGCUGUUAUGUAUGAGUAUUUCCAAGGGUCAGUACUAUAUUCAUAAAAUAAUAUUUAAAGCUGCAAUAUCAAAAUCAAAUCAAUCUUUAUUUAUUCAGCACAUUUCAGACAUGGAAAGCAACGUAAUGUGCUUCACAGGAAAAAAACUGAAAUAUUUACUACACAUCAAACAUACGAGGAUAAACUAAAGGAUAACAAUAAAAACUGAACGACUAAAAAGCACCCUAUGGAAAAGCAAAGCAAAAAAGGUGUGUUUUUAAGAUCUCUUUUUUAAAUAUGUCCACGGUUUCAGCCCCUCUCAGGUUCCCUGGCAGGCUAUUCCAGAGAAUGCGGGCAUAAUUACUGAAGGCUGCAUCUCUAUGCCUCUUGGUCCGAGGCUUUGGGAUAGUUAAAAGGACAAUGCCAGAGGACCUGAGAGACCUACUGGGUAGAUAACUUAACUUUAAAAGCAUGUCUGACACAUGUUACGGUGCACAAUCGUGGAUUGAUUUAAAAACCAAUAGAAGAAUCUUAAAAUUAAUUCUAAAACUCACAAGCAGCCAGUACAGAGAACUUAAAACCAGUGUAAUGUGUGCUCUCUGUCUGGUCAAUAGCCGUGCUGCAGCAUUCUGUAUGUUUUGCAGUUGACCAAUGGCUUUCUUGGGUAGACCAGACAGGAGAGCAUUACAAUAGUCAAGCCUGCUUGUAAUAAAAGCAUGGAUGAGUCUCUCUGUAUCAGCCUGAGAGAGAAACGGCGUUAGUAAUAAGUUAUUUUGGUCACAUUCCUAAUGUGUGAUUUGGAAUUUAGUUCAGAAUCUAAAAUAACACCUAGGUUUUUUACCUAGUGUUUUAUCUUUAUUGCCUGUGAAUUAAAAUGUGCGGCCAUAUUCUCUCUCUGUGCUUUGGCUCCAACAGUAAGUACCUCGGUCUUGUCUUGAUUUAGCUGGAGGAAUUUGAGCCAUCCAAGUAUUUACAGUGCCUUCGGAAAGUAUUCAGACCCCUUGACUUUUUCCACAUUUUGUUUUCGUUACAGCCUUAUUCUAAAAUGGAUAAAAAAUUAUACAAAACUCAGCAAUCUACACAAAAUACCCCAUAAUGACAAAGUAAAAACAGGUUUUUAGAAAUGUUUUCAUAUUUAUUAAAAAUAAAAAACAGAGAUUCCUUAUUUACAAAAGUAUUCAGACCAUUUGCAAUGACAAUCGAAAUUGAUCUCCGGUGCAUCCUGUUUCCAUUAAUCAUCCUUGAUGUUUCUACAACUUGAUUGGAGUUCACCUGUGGUACAUUCAAUUGAUUGGACAUGAUUUGGAAAGGCACACACCUGUCUAUAUAAGGUCCCACAGUUGACAGUGCAUGUCAGAGCAAAAACCAAGCCAUGAGGUCAAAAUAAUUGUCCGUAGAGCUCCGAGACAGGAUUGUGUUGAGGCACAGAUCUGGGGAAGGAUACCAAAACAUUUCUGCAGCAUUGAAGGUCCCCAAGAACACAGUGGCCUCCAUCAUUCUUAAAUGGAAGAAGUUUGGAACAACCAAGACUCUUCCUAGAGCUGGCCACCCGGCCAAACUGAGCAAUCGGGGGAGAAGGGCCUUGGUCAGGGAGGUGACCAAGAGCCCGAUGGUCACUCUGACAGAGCUCUAGAGUUCAUCUGUGGAGAUGGGAGAACCUUCCAGAAGGACAACCAUCUCUGCAGCACUCCACCAAUCAGGCCUUUAUGGUAGAAUGGCCAGACGGAAGCAACUCCUCAAUAAAAUGCACAUGACAGGCCGCUUGGAGUUUGCCAAAAGGCACCUAAAGACUCUCAGACCAUGAGAAACAAGAUUAUCUUGUCUGAUGAAACCUAGAUUGAACUCUUUGGCCUGAAUGCCAAGCGUCACGUCUGGAGGAAACCUGGCACCAUCCCGAUGGUGGCGGCAUCAUGCUGUGGGGAUGUUUUUCAGCAGCAGGGACUGGGAGACUAGUCAGGAUCAAGGGAAAGAUGAACGGCGCAAAGUACAGAAGAUCCUUGAUGAAAACUUGCUCCAGAGCGCUCAGGACCUAAGACUGGGGCGAAGGUUCACCUUCCAACAGAACAAUAACCCUAAGCACACAGCCAAGACAACGCAGGAGUGGCUUCGGGAAAAGUCUCAAUGUCCUUGAGUGGCCCAUCCAGAGUCCGAACUUGAACCCGAUCGAACAUCUCUGGAGAGACCUGAAAAUAGCUGUGCAGCAACGCUCCCCAUCCAACCUGACAGAGCUUGAGAGGAUCUGCAGAGAAGAAUGGGAGAAACUCCCCAAAUACAGGUGUGGUAAGCUUGUAGCGUCUUACCCAAGAAGACUUGUGGCUGUAAUCGCUGCCAAAGGUGCUUCAACAAAGUACUGAGUAAAGGGUCUGAAUACUUAUGUAAAUGUGAUAUUUCAGUUUUUAAACAUUUCAACAAACCUAUUUUUGCUUUGUCAUUAUGUGGUAUUGUGUGUAGAUUGAUGAGGGGAAAAAUCAAUUUAAUCCAUUUUAGAAUAAGGCUGUAACGUAACAAAAUGUGGAAAAAGGGGUCUGAAUACAUUCCGAAUGCACGGUAAAUCACUAAUACAGUGUAAUAUUUUAUCCGUGGAGCUAAAAUCAAUGCUGUGCUUUCUGAUAACGCUGCCAAGGGGGAACAUAUAUAAACUGAACAGUACCGGGCACAAAAUCGAACCUUGUGGAACUCCACAUGUGAUAUGUAUUUUCUCUGAGUUAUGUUCACCAAGAGUGACAAAAAACUCUCGACCGGUUAAAUAGGUCCUAAACAAAUUUAGAACUGGACCGGAGAAUAUGUAACUUUUUGGGCAAUCUGAUCAAAUUCACAUAGAAAUGUGUUUUUAUAGAUCUGUUAUUCUCAUUGAAAGCAAGUCUCUAAGAAGCGGUAGAUGUGUUCUAUGUGCACUAUUUCUAUGCUUCUAUGUAUCGUCUUUUACUUAAGGUUUUGUACACCAGCUUCAAACAGCUGAAAAUACAAUAUUUGUGGUUAUGGAAAAUAUUUUUCACAGCGGUUUAGAUGGUAUAAUGAUUCUCUACACUCUACUUGCUUCUUUUGUCACAUAAACUGAAAUUAGACAAACUAGUCGAAUUUUAGCAACCAGGAAAUGGAUUUCUGCGUUAUAGUGCAUCUUUAAUAUGUUGCUUUUUUCUCGCUUUAUCAAAAUCUGAUAUCUUGGUAUUAUUUUGUACUUUUUAGAUAUUACAAGUUGUUUUCAAUGAAGCUGUGCUUUUUAGAUGGAGAAAGCUUCCCUAAAUAGAGACACUAACAGGUUAUCAGCUGCUGUCCUGUACUGCCCAUUCUUAUACCCCCUGCCCUCUCCUCCUUUUGAUUAUCUCCUUGUCUUACACCAUCCUGUGCUGAAGUUGCUCGCUCCCUCUUGGUCCUGCACUACAAAUAGAUCUGCUGUUGUUUUUCCCAUCACCCUCUCUCUGUCUCUGGUCAUUUUCUCCAGGGCUUGUGAGGAAAAUGUUUGAGGAGAAAGGCCUCUCAUCUGGCAACAGCAAAGCCUUCAAGCCCCACCUUACCUUCAUGAAGCUGUCCAAAGCUCCUAAGCUACACAGUCAGGUGAGCCUCAUCACUCCUGCUGGAAUGGCAUGUAUGGAGAGAAGAACACAGCUGUGUGGAGGUCUAGCGUAGCUUCACUGUCCCUUCAGACUGGCAACCUUCUCUGCCUUUGAGGGAUACCUUAUUUGGUUGUGUAGGUAAAAUGAUGUUAGUGGUUCAGAGAAUAUUAAGGCUGAGUCAUUCAAAGCCAAGUGAUAUCAAUUUAUAGUCGAGACAUCUUGAUUUACUCACAUCGAUUUAAAUGAAUGUUAAUGGAUUUCUACAGUCUACGAAGCAAGACCAAAGUCCUUAUGAUAAUGUCAUUGAUUAUAAUAAUGUGUAGAUUAUCAAGAAAUAAGUCUGUGCAUGAUCAUUCAGUGACUUGGGAAUGAAAAUCACUAGUUGUGGAGUGUAUAAACUGUUCUACCCUAUAAUAAUACAUGACAAGGCAAUGCUUUGAAACUGUCUUUAGUCUACGUCUCUUUCCCGUGGAAGGAAGAAGGCCCUUUUGAUCAAAUUGUGAACAAUGAUGUUCACUCGGAGGGAGUGUGUUUGUAGCAGCAGUCCACUCUGUGUGACAUGUUUACUGUCCUGGCUGAGUGAAUGAUGGUGGUGGCAGUAGAUAUUAGUAGAUGUACAGUGGUCUGGUCUGGUAAGGGGGAGGAGGGAUGAGGAGGAUUUGACCUGGAGGGUUGCAGGGGAAGAUAGGAGCCCCCUGCUUGAUCUGUUUGUUGGCGGUGGACGACACAUUUCCUGCUGGGGUUAUCGUUCCCACCAGACAACAGGCAGCCUAGAGAGUACUGUGUUCCUCUGGUGUGGGGGAGGGGUGUUACUGUGUGGGGUUAGGGUGGAUGGGUGUGUUCAGGAACAUCCAUGUCUGGUCAGACGUGACAUUGUGCACGUCCCCAUGUCUGUCUGUGUUGUCUCCCAGGGUUUAAAGAAGCUGGACCCGGAGCUGUACUCUGACUACGUUCGAAACCACUUUGGAGACGAGAGGGUGUUCAGACUGGACCUCUGCUCAAUGUUGAAGAAAAAGACCCCAGAUGGAUACUACCACCGCGAGGCCUCUGUCACUUUUGGUGAGUAG